CGUCUUCAGCGUCCUUCUCUCACAUCUCACUUUCCCUUCCGUUCUCCCCGUGUUUGCAAGCUUAAGCAAUCCCUGUUUCUAGCUUCAAUUUCAGCUUCUCUGCUGUCUCUGGAGGAUCCGAGUGAGAGAAAUCGUCCCAUCUCUAUCCUUUCGGCUGAUUGUUCAGGAUGGGAGGUGGAUGUAGCAAAACCGAAGGUAUGGAUGCUGCAGAACCGGCUCAAGUCAACACUGAUGCACCAACACUGCCACCACUAGUCGACACUGAUUCCAAGUACGCAGCUGAUUUGAGCUCAUAUGAGGCGGCUUGUAGAGUUGAUCCUGACUUGCAGACAUUUGACCAAAUGAUUCAUGCUCGCGCUAGCCGUGCCCUCAAUUCACUGGCCACUGGUGUUGAGGUCCAUGCCUUGUCAUUUGAUUCACUCAAAGAGGUCACUGGAUGUCUUCUUGAAAUGAACCAGGAUGUUGUCAAAGUCAUUCUAGAAUCCAAGGAGGAUAUAUGGAACAACAAAGACUUGUCGUCUUUAGUGAAGGAGUACUUUGAGAGCAGCAUACAGACAUUAGAUUUUUGUGCUGCCCUUGAUAAUUGCCUGAAACGGGCACGAAAGAACCAGCUGAUUAUUCACCUUGCUGUGCAGAAGUUUGAGGAAGAAGUACAGGUACAUGAUGUGGGUGAUGAAAAGAAGUUUGUGAAGACAUUAGAUGAAUUAAACAAAUUUAAAGCUGCAGAAGAGCCAUUCAAUGAGGAAUUCUUUAAACGGUUUCGGUCUCUGCAUAACCAGCAGUUCUCAUUGUUGAAGAAAUUGCAACAGCAAAAGAGGAAGCUGGAUAAGAAACUUAAAUCAGCGAAAACAUGGAGAAGGGUGUCUAAUGUCUUAUUUGUUACUGCCUUUGUCUCUGUAUUGAUUUUCUCAGUGGUUGCUGCUGCCAUUGCAGCACCACCUGUAGUAACAGCUGUAGCAGGUGCUUUGGCAGUUCCAGUUGGUUCACUGGGAAAAUGGUGUAGUUGGCUUUGGAAUCGUUAUGAGAAUACAUUGAAAGGGCAGAAGGAGUUACUUGUUUCAAUGGAAAUUGGUACGUACAUUACAAUUAAGGAUAUGGAAAAUAUAAGGGUGCUUGUCAGCAGAAUGGAAAUUGAGAUUGAAUCACUUUUGCAUGAUGCUGAUUUUGCACUUAGAGAACAAGAGGCAGUGAAGCUUGUGAUUGAUGAAAUCAGAAAGAAAUUGGAGGUGUUCAUGGGAACCAUUGAGGACUUGGGUAAACAAGCUGAUAAGUGUAGCCGGGAGAUAAGGAUGGCAAGGACAGUGAUCUUGCGGAAGAUAAUGGGACCUCCUUCCCAACCCACAUCUCUAGAUGCCCUGUGGAGCCGAUUAGAUUUGUGAUGCUGGUUAUGUUAUAUCAAUUAUAUGCUCUAGGUAAAAAAUGCUAACUCUGUCUAUGCCUUGUUGGGUCUUUCCAUGUUUUCUUAUGGUUUAUCUAAUUGAUAUCAACCCCUUUCUUCAUCAGCAAUGAUUUCCCUAAGUUUUGAUGUUGAAUUCUUCAACACAGUUUGUGUUAUAUUGCUGAUUGUGAACAUGUGUAACUUUUUGCGUUGCUUAUGGCUGUAAACAAUAAGCAUGAUUAAGAAAUAAUAGAGAAUUAG